AUGAAGAUGAAGAGGAAAUCUGAUUCCAAAACCCUAGCUAAGGGAAAGAAGAGGAAAGGACCUCACUUGCCCAACUCAAUACUCAAGACCAUUGCCAAUGAGAAACGCCCUCUGAACUCUGACGAUGAUGAGAUCGACUCCGAUGAAGAUAACGGCGGCGAUUUGUAUGAGUACGAAGAAGGUGUCCCUGAAGAGGAAUCCAGGAGAAACAACCGCUACGACCGCGUCGAUAACUUCGAAUUCGAGCUUCCCGAGGAUUUCAAGGAUGAAAAUGUGGAGUCUGAAAGUGAUGACGAUGGUGAGAACUCGGACGGUGAUGAAAAAGCGGAGAGACACACACGGAUGUUGCAAUCUCUCACUGGAAUGCCAAGUGCAGCCUUUGAAGGUGAGAGUAAGAGAAAGACUGUACUCGUCACUGAAGCGUAUCCAGAGUCUGAAUUCAACCCCACCCGUGAUGUUCUGGAGGGUAAAAACCUCGUCACAUUUGAGGACCUUUUGGCGCCUCUUGAAGGAGAACCUGGGUACCCACAACUAAGAAAGGGAGUCUCCAAGUUGCAGAAAGGUGAUCAGACUGUUGUUCAUGCUCCUCUGCCGAAGCCAGAACGAGAAAGAGUGGAACGGAAAGCGGUGGGGAAAAUAGUUGACAAGGAGUUUAGCAAGUGGUUGCCUCAGGUGAAGAGGAACAGGGAGGCACCAACUGUUUACUUUAAUAACCAAGACGCCAAUGUUGGAUACUCUACGGUUGGUGCAAUAGCGUCAGAGUUUCAACCCAGGACUGCUUUUGAGAAGAAAAUGGCUUCGGUGCUCAAUGACAACAAGGUUUGGGAGGCUCACCAAGAAGAUGGCGCUAGGCUUCUUGAAUUGAACGAGGUGUCUAUGGAAGACCACAUAAACGACCGUAACCACAUUGCCAAGAUGCGGAGCCUGCUCUUCCGUCACGAGGUGAAAUUUAAACGAAUCAAGAAGAUCAAGUCUAAAACUUACCAUCGCCUGAAAAACAAAGACCUGAAAUCGGCAGUGGAUACAUUAUUGGACCCAAAAAUUGCUAAAGAAGAGGCUCUGAGGCAGGAGGUUAAACGAGUAGAGGAACGUAUGACGCUAAAGCACAAGAACACUGGAAAAUGGGCCAAACGUAUGAUAAGCCGUGGACUGAAUGUGAAAUACGAUGGAACUCGGGCAGCUAUCUCUGAGCAACUUCAGAUAAAUGAAGAUUUGUCCAGAAAGAGGAACUCCAUGAAUGAUGGAAGCAGCAGUGAUGAGAGCGACGAUGAGGACGAGUUGAAUGAUGGUUCAGAUGAAGAUACUCCUUCUAAAUUGUUAGCAAAAGCAAAGGAGAACACACUGAAAGUCGUGGAAGAUGAUGAAGUGCCUAAUUCUGGUCUUUUGUCAUUACCUUUUAUGGCCCGUGCUAUGAAAAAGAAAAACGAGGAGGCUAUUGAAGAAGCUAAACGUGCUCUUGAAGAGUAUGAGGAGCUGGAGAAUUCUGCUGGAGCAGAAAACCCUAUAAACCCCGCUAAAGUUAGUGGUAGAAAAACAUUUGGUGCAACCGCUAAAGUCGAAGCUCCAAAAAAGUCUAAAAAGGAGUCGGACAACUUCUAUGACAACAACAGUGAUAGUGACAAUGAUAUGGAUGGUAUAGAAGAUAAUGACUUGGAGCCUGUAAGAGAUAAUGCUUCACCUGCCAGAAACAUUGGAACCAUUACAGAAACCGAGAAGUUCGAGGAUGUUGUUGGAAAUCCAGCUUCUAAGACAACUUUUGAUGUUGCCUUGUACGCAUCAGGCUCGUGGAAGAAGAUGUCAAGCUGCAAAAACACAGAAUCCAAAAAAGCUUCAAAGACGGAUGUACCCGUCUCACAGGCCAAAGAUAAAAAGGAAUCGAGAGAUGAAGAAAGUGAUGAGGAUUCAGAGAGUGAAGCAGAGCAAAUGGUGGAAGGGAUUUUGACAUCUGCUUCCAACGAAACCUUUGACAUUCCUUCUCAGGCAGAGCUUAUAAACCGUGCUUUUGCUGGUGACGAUGUGGUAGACGAGUUUGAGAAGGAGAAGCAAGAGGUUCUAAAUCAGGAAGUUCCUGAGCCCGAAAAACCGGUUCAAGUUCCUGGUUGGGGACAAUGGACCAACAUCCAAAACAAGAGAGGUUUACCUAAAUGGAUGGUUAGAGAACACGAAGAAGCCAAGAAGAAGAGAGAGCAAGAACUCAAAACAAGGAAAGACGCUCGUUACAAACAUGUUAUCAUAUCAGAAAAAGUCGAUAAAAGGGCUGAGAAACUUCAUACAAAGACUCUACCUUUCCCUUAUACAUCGCAGGAAGUUUUCGAGCACAGUAUGCGUAUGCCUAUUGGACCUGAGUUUAAUCCCACGUCUGUUAUUGCAGAACUAAACCGACCUGAGGUUGUGAAGAAAGCUGGUGUGAUCAUUAAACCGGUCAAGUUUGAGGAAGUGGAUCCAAAUGAGAAAGGAGACGACGAAAACCCUCGAAGCCAUCAGAAGCAAAGACCCAAAAAGGGUAGUAAUCAAACCAAUAAAGGUAAAGGCAAAGUCAAGUCCAAGUAA